GCAGCUUCUCUUCGUCUCAACACAAACAUCAGCAGACCUCCGGAGCGGAACCUUCCUCCUCCGGAACCUCCCGGGGACAAACACACCGACCCGCCGCAGACAGCAGCAGCAGCUCCUCGCCGGCCUCCGGUCUCCACGGGCGAUGGCGAGGCCCAGCCACAGCGAUCAUGUCCUCCAGCAGCUCAACAACCAGCGGGAGUGGGGCUUCCUGUGCGACUGCCUCAUCGCCAUCGGGGACAUCUACUUCAGGGCGCACAAGGCCGUCCUGGCGGCCUGCAGCUCCUACUUCAGGAUGAUGUUCAUCCGGGACCAGCAGGGGGCGGGGCGUCUGGACCUCAGCAACAUGCAGAUCAGCGCCGAGUGCUUUGACCUCAUCCUGCAGCUCAUGUACCUCGGACGCAUCGUCGUGGGGAGCUACGAGUUUGAGGAGCUCAAGGCCUCCAUGGCGUACCUGCAGAUGUACUACAUCCCUGACUCGUUGGAGGAUCUCAGGGACCUCAGGAGCUCCAACCUCACGCCGUCCUCCUCCGCCUCCUCCUCGUCCAGCUCCUCCACCGGCCCCACCAACGGGAAAAUGAUGUUUGGAGUCCGCAUGUACGAGCAGCAGAGGCCCGCUGCAACGGAAGCAGAGCCAUUACCAAAAGCUGUCAACAGCACCGCUGGGCGCCCAGCUGUUCCAGCGACCGUCAGCAGAGCGGCGGUGGCGGUUGCGGUGGCGGUGGCAGACGAGGUGGUGACCGCUCCUCUGAUAGUGGCACCGCAGCUGGUGGACGGAAUAGGCGAUCAGCCGUGUGACUUGAGAAAGAGGCCCAGCGGCAGGAGUUCGGCUCUCAAAGACCGUCCUCGGUUCGGCCGUACCUACACCUGCGACGACUGCGGCUUCGUCUUCAGCUGCGAGAAGCUUUUAAUCGAACACAUCCUGACAUGCACCAACCGGAAGGCCUUCCAUCAGCCGAGAGGUAGCGCCGAAGGGGACAAUGACUCCAGUAAAGCUGAGAGCUCCGCCUCUGAGAGCAUAGAGGAGCACAGGGUCGUCUGUAAAGGCGAGGACGACUGGCCCGAAGCCAAGGCCGACUCUGACCUCACCAUCAGGUCGGUGGCAGCCGGGACAGACGGUGAGCCUGGGUCCACCAGGAGCAUCUCCAUCAAGACAGAACCAGAAGAAGGCACAUUCCCCGAGAUAGAGGUGGUCCGGGUCGGUGAGCACGCCACCAGAGAAUGUAGAGCACGUUUCAGUGACGCCACACGUAAAGACUUGCGGAGGGAGAAAACUGGAUCGGACCGCGAACCAGAGCCCGGCGUCUCCGGUAUGGAUAACAGCAGUGAACCUUUUGAAGGCCACAUGUCCGGCGGUGAAGAUUCAGGAAUCCCGGCGAAGCUUCGUAAGGUCAAAGACGAGAAGCAGGACGCCGACUGUGCCCCGUGUGAACUGUGUGGCGCUCCGUUAACGGAGGAGGACAAGUCGGCCCACUACCUGUCCAGCCACAUGGGUCAUAUAUGUGCCUGUGGGAGGUGUGGCCAGGUGCUGAUUAAAGGCCGCCAGCUCCAGGAGCACGCAGAGCGCUGUGGCGAAUCCCAAGGCGGCGACUCGGACUCCCACGGGGAGGACGAAGCCUCCCUGCUGGAGGAGCCGCAGGGGAUGGAGGAGGGCCUGCUGGAGGCGGCCGACCUGGCCUGCCCUCACUGCGGCAUGCUGUUCCAGAACGAGAGCUUGGCGCUGGAGCACGCCUUGUCCUGCCACGACCAGGAGCUUUUCCGCCCCGUGCUGCUGGAGGAGGGCGGCGAACCAGAUCACCGCCGCAAACACUUCUGCAGCAUCUGCGGCAAAGGCUUCUAUCAGCGCUGCCACCUGCGGGAGCACUACACCGUCCACACCAAGGAGAAGCAGUUCACCUGUCAGACCUGCGGGAAGCAGUUCCUGCGGGAGCGCCAGCUCAGGCUGCACACCGACAUGCACAAAGGCAUGGCGCGCUACGUGUGCCCGGUCUGCGACCAGGGAACCUUCCUCAAACACGACCACGUCCGGCACAUGAUCUCCCACCUGUCGGCCGGGGAAACCAUCUGCCAGGUGUGUUUCCAGAUCUUCCCCGGCGGAGAACAGCUGGAGAAACACAUGGACGUCCACCUGUACAUCUGCGGCGUCUGUGGCGAGAAGUUUCGCCUCCGAAAAGACAUGAGGAGCCACUAUAACUCCAAGCACACCAAGAGACUAUAGGAGCGCUCCAGAACCUCCUCUGCAUUUAUACUAUUGUUACUAAAAAAAGCCAUAAAUGUGAGAACAAAUGUAUGCACUUGAACACCAAAAAGACACCUUUUUAAUCUGCACUUUUAAAGUAUAUGCAUAACCUAAACGGGCGUUCACACUGCGAGCAGCGGGGCUGAUGAUCGGUCGCUCUGUUAUGACUCGGACGGCGGCUGUGCAGCAGUCUGCAGCUUUCUACUUUGAUAAAAAAGACUUUAAGCACACGUGUGUUACAUUUUCACAGCUUACAAUCAGGAGGUUUCUUUCUGUCACCUGAUAAAAGUCAGAAUCUGUUGUUGAAACAAUCACAUUAAGCGGGAAACGAUCAAGCUGCGGUCUCAGCUAACCAGCUAAAUAGCUAACUAGAUGUAUAUUAAUAUUAAUAUUUAUAAAGAAGCUGGGGUGUUAAAUACAGGAUGAACAUCUUUAGCUGCUUUAAGCUGUCCCAAAAACCCAAAGAAAUAAAACUUGAGAUUCUCUCAUUGUAGGAGUUCUGUGAGUAACUAAUCUGUUAAUGGUUUUAGCACUAGAAUGUACCAAAGUCGAUCAGAUUUAAGAGACUGUGAUGUUUAUUUCCCUGUUUUUGGACUCAUCUCCGGACCACGGGUCAACAGGCCGGUCUAGAAAACCUGUUGGGUUCAUGAUUGUGUUGCUCACAGUGUGAACGCACGGUAGGACCGACCGCCAACUCCAAGAGAAUCCAAACUGGUGCGUCCUCAGGGAACCAAUCAUCUGUUGCUUCUGUUUGUUUGAGGAUGUCCACACCUUCAGAGUCUGAAAUAAAUGUCAAACUUGUACUGCUUAAGACGCCAGAAAAUACCCCGUUAACACGUCCAUUUUUAACUUCUUAAGGCGUUUGGAGCAUUAAGUCUGCCACCUUAGAGCCAAUCAAUGUUUGGGAGAGUCCAUUUGUGGACUGGUGGGUUGAUAUCUGCUGAUAAUUAAAGUGUACAGACACCUUCAUUAUAAUGAACACAUACAUUAAACUAGGAUGGCACUCGGAGAGCGCAGACCUCCGCCAAGGUGCCCGAGUACGAUUGAGAAACUGACGAAGUGUCAGCACCCAAUUUCAAAUGUUAACAGGGUGUCUUCGGUUAUCUUAAGAAGUACAAAUUUGACGGAGGAAACUUUUGGAGGCGGACGCCCAGUUCAGCUUCUUCUUGGAGUGACGUGUCUGUCAGCGCUUCAGAGCGUUGGAACGUUUUCUAGCUUGUUUCCCAGAAUACUAAAGUCUCUGAGUUUUCCAUGUUGUAGUUAGUGAGCACAGCUCUGAUUCCUGAUCGUUUGUUUGGUGAGUUUGACUCCACCCUGAUUCAAACUCUCCUUCCUCUUUCCUUCAGUUAUAGUUCGGCUUUACGUCCAAUGUGCUCUGUGAUUGGUGCCUUUACUGGAACGGUAGUGCACACUAGUGGCAGUCCGUCUUUUUUCCUCCCUGUCUUCUUCACAGUGAUGCAUGUUGGGGGAAGUGAGGCCGCCCCCCUUAUUCAAACACUAGAUGUGGUCAGCUCAUUGGAACCGGACUGUGUUGACCUGCGUUAUUUAGCCCGGUUGGUUUUCCUCCUUGGUACGAUUUGUCUCGGCAGAUUUGAGUCGACCGAAACAACCACACAGACCCGUUAGAGGAAGUGGUGUCAGUCCGGUUUGUUGUGGGAACCGAUCUCAGUCUGACCCAAAACUACGAGGCGAACUCUGCAGGUUUGAGCUAAACGGCUUCCGUAGUGCGCUUUGCAUGCUGGGAUGUGGGUGAGUGAAUGAAUGAAGGUCUGACUCGGGACUUAAGACGGCGGAAUAAAGUAUCGGAUCCGAUACUGGUAUCGGUGCAUCCCUACUUCCUGUGUUGACAGACACAUCUAACCAAUGAGAAGAGAGGACGUUCUCACAUGACCGAAUGCAUUUUGGUUCCUGUUGAACUUUUUCUGUGUGAAAAGAAACCAAACAACAAGUCGACCAACUCAUCCACUGAUUCAGAUCACAGCAAACCGACCUCAUCUGAUGCCUUAUGAGUCUUUGUGUUAUUAUGUGGGCCACGCAAGACCACGUUAUGCUCAGAACCGAACCUGAACCAAACCAGUUUAGAGUGACCCUUAACUAGAUGGAUGCAGCAGACAAGAGUAGAACCAAACCAGACAUUUCAAAACCAUUUCAAAAUACGCCUGAACCAGUUAAAAGUUCUGGACCAAACCAGUUUAGGGUGAGCAGUAACUCGGGCUGUCACAGUAUCCGCAUUAUUACAAUAUCACGGGAACCGCCACCGCCGCCGUAUUCACGCUUUCUGUUUUUCAUCCAGCAGCGUGCAUGUUUGGACUUUUUUCUGGUCGCCAAGAGUUGAACCAACUUCGGGUAAAACGCUGCUCUCGUCACGUUCACUUUUUACCCAGCCGUCCAAUCACAGUGGAGGAGGGGGCGGGACUAAUAGCACAAGGAAACCUUCUUCUAAACCAGGCUGUUUAACCUGAAUCACCGGCUGUCUCCUCUUCAGUCUGUUUUGCUGCUCUGGAGCCAGAAGCUUAAUGAGAUGUCUUGUAGAUUUUGAGGCUCUGGAGCUUUGUGGAAAAUGAAAUGUUCCUUUUUAAAGGUAUAAAACAACGUCACCUUAAAUGAUGUCAUCACUUCAUCAGCUGUUUGUGUUCAGAUGUUGUUCUGAAGCAGCGUCUUCUUCAUGUGUUCAGCUGGUUUAGUUGCUCUGAAGUAGGGAUGCACCAUGUGGAUGUUUUUCAGCUGAUACGAUAACCGAUAAUUUCACAUUUUGUAUUCUUCUUCUUCUUCUAUGCGUUUGUUGACGGAUCACAAACUAAGACCUCCUGUAUCAGAGUGUUUAGAUGCUGCACUUGUUAAGUCAUUGAAAGCAAUCGGGUGUCAUAUAAUCAGCCGAUAAUUCACCGGCUAUAACUUAAUCAUGGGAAUAAUACAUAAUAAUAUAAACUUCCCAUCAUCAUCAAUCAUCGUUAAUUUAUUAGGCCUGGUAUAUACAGUAUAUCAUGGUGCAUCCCGACUCUGAAGCUUUUCUCACUAAUGUUCAGUUUGAACACCUGAAGCCUUUCUGAAGCUCUUAAUAAACCAAGUGAAUUUAUGUUUGUGAAGAAA